AAUUGUCCAAUUCAAUUGAAUUGAAUUGAGUUCGAUAUUGGAGCACUAAUACAGACAAAAGGCAACAAGCUGUCGACGUUAUCGAUACGCAACUUCUCGGCAAACAUGCUGAACAAUCUUGGGGCCAAUGUGCUGGGCCCCAAAGAUUGCGAUCUACCCAAAGCGGCACUCACAGCCCUCCACGCAGGCGUCAAUAGCUUCGGUCAGUUGCCAGGCGCUCAAAACGUCUCCGAUCUUGCAUUGAACGGCGGCGCCGGAGGCGGGGCUGGAGGCGUAGGCGUCGGCGUCGGCGUGGGCGUGACUCGACUGCAUGUAGCGAGCGGCCUGUGUGACAGCUCAAAUGCGCUCAACAGUGCUAAUAAUCACAGCAGCAACAACAACAAUAACAACGGCAGCAACAACAACAACAACAAUAUGCAGCAACAGGAUCAGCAACUCGAUAAAAACAAGCAGAAACGUCAUCGCACGCGCUUCACGCCCGCCCAGCUGAACGAACUGGAGCGCUGUUUCUCCAAGACCCACUACCCGGACAUCUUUAUGCGCGAGGAGAUUGCCAUGCGAAUCGGCCUGACGGAGUCGCGAGUGCAGGUUUGGUUCCAAAACCGUCGAGCCAAGUGGAAGAAGCGCAAGAAGACCACAAAUGUGUUCCGCACUCCGGGCGCUCUCUUGCCCUCCCACGGACUACCGCCGUUUGGCGCCAAUAUAACCAACAUUGCCAUGGGCGAUGGACUCUGUGGCACGGGAAUGUUUGGUGGCGAUCGCUGGAGCGUCGGCGUCAAUCCCAUGACAGCAGGUUUUGGCCAACUAAAUCAAUCAUCACCGCUUUCGUCCACGCUGAAUAGCGGCCUGAACUCGGGCCUUAACAUUGGUACCGCCAUGGGUGCGGGCAGUUAUCAGCAUUACGGGCUAAAUGCUUUGGGCGACUCCAUGAUGUAUCAGCAUACUGUGGGCGUGAGUUGUGGCCCCAGCGGCUCGCCCAACACACGCAACACGCCGCCUAACAUAAAUUCUUGCUCAUCGGUGACGCCACCGCUCUCCACGCAGCCAAAUGCCAGCCAGAAUGAGCUGAAUGGCGAACAAAUGAAUGCACAGCCACAUCAUCAGCAGCAACCACCGCAGCAGCAGACUCACCAACAGCAACAGCAAGGACAUCACCAGCAGCAACAGCAAUCAGCGCAGACACCAACCCAGCAGCAACAGCAACACCAACAGGACAAUGCCAACACCAGUAAUGCGCAUCUGCUGCCACAUUGCCACCAAUCCAUGCAGUCGCCCACUGAAGGAGCCAACGACGAGGACGUGUGGCGAGGUCACAGCAUUGCGGCCUUGAGGCGGCGUGCCUCUGAAUUGAAUGCCACCGCCAUACCGUCGUACUUGCACCACAACUCAUACGAACAUCACAAUUCGGUCUACUGA